UCGGUAUAGUAUAGAAAAUAUUUAGUUCAAAUACUAAAUUUAUAUUACUCGAUCUUAUAAUUUUUAACACUGAUUUGUUUCUUGCGGCUUUUGACCUGUCAAAUCUCAAUCCAUUCAAAUCCACUCGUCGUCAGCAAGAGUCGGAGCAGUUCGUGGGUUGUGUCGUGUCGCCAUCUUACGUUGUGGAGUUCGUAGUGAAUGAUUGUUAAAUGUCUUAUGGUUUUAUUUAGUGUCGAAAUUUUUGUAGAUUAGUGGUGUUAAUAGUGUGUAUGCUCCAGCCUAGAAGAACACUUCAAUAUAAACAAUGGCGGGGCAAACUAUGACGGACCGAUUAUUGGCUGCAAGGCACAGUAUAGCCGGCCAAGGAUUAGCCAAAUCAGUGUGCAAAUCAACUACAGAAGAACUUAUAGGACCGAAAAAGAAGCACUUAGAUUACUUAAUUCACUGUACAAAUGAGCCGAACGUUUCGAUCCCGCAACUGGCCAAUCUGCUGGUUGAGCGCUCGCAGAAUGCCAACUGGGUGGUGGUCUUCAAGGCUCUCAUUACAGUCCAUCACAUGAUGUGUUACGGCAAUGAGCGGUUUACACAGUACUUAGCUUCUAGUAAUAGCUCCUUCCAACUUAGUAACUUCUUAGAUAAAGGAGGAGUUCAAGGAGCUCGUGUUGUUAUCCAAGGUAUUUUGAAGGGUUUAUUUGGUUUCUUGUGGAUUGAAGAGCAAAACAAUUGUCCUUUUGGGUAUGACAUGUCCCCGUUCAUCAGGCGAUAUGCCAAGUAUCUCAACGAGAAGGCCAUGUCCUACAGAACAGUUGCCUUUGAUUUCUGCAAAGUCAAACGAGGGAAGGAGGAUGGGGUGCUGCGCACAAUGAACGCAGAAAAGUUGCUGAAGACACUGCCAGCACUGCAGGCCCAGCUGGAUGCUCUGCUGGAGUUCGACUGUACGGCGCAGGACCUCACCAAUGGCGUCAUCAACAUGGCAUUCAUGCUGCUCUUCCGUGACCUUAUCCGUCUGUUCGCCGGGUACAAUGACAGCAUCAUCAAUCUACUUGAAAAAUAUUUUGAUAUGAACAAGAAGCAGUGUCGAGAAGCACUGGAUCUGUACAAGAAGUUUUUGAUCCGUAUGGACAGAGUGGGCGAGUUCCUCAAGGUUGCAGAAAAUGUAGGAAUUGAUAAGGGAGAGAUCCCAGAUCUCACUAAGGCUCCUAGCAGUCUGUUGGAUGCCUUGGAGCAGCACCUGGCUGCACUAGAGGGGAAGAAGGGUUCUGCUGCCAACACACCCACCCAGUCUGCCAGUCACCGGACGGAUGUUAAGAGUGGCGUCUCCGCCCUUUCUUCCACCAGCACAGCCUUCGGCUCGGCGGCUCAGCAGGCGGAGGGAAUGGAGGAGUCGUUGCGACAACAGGCGCUGGCUGACGAGGAGGCGGCCAUGAACAUCUAUAAGUCCAAGGUGCAGUCACCAACUAGUGUCGCAGCUCCAACAACCAACCCAUUCCUAGUUAGCUCUCCCUCGGCGCAGCCCAUACUGGACCUGUUUGCGACUCCGGCACCAGUCACCGAGCAGCCUGUGACAUCCACAAAGGCAUCAGAUGAUCUGUUACAACUGGGUAACCCAUUUGCUGACAUCUUCUCUGGAGCCCCUACUCAGCCUGCGCCUGCAGCAGUUCCCCCUGGCAACAUGUGGAUGACCAAUGGUUUCAAUAAUGGAGCUCUUCCAGCAUCUACAAAUGCUUUUGUGAGUGACACAGCAUUCUCGUCUGUGUUUGGUGCAGGUGACACUGCUACUCAACCUGCAGCUGCCCCAGGAGCGCCCAAUCCCUUUAUGGCGGACUUUGGUCCCCCAGCAAAUGCCCCUGUUCCCACCGGGGAUCUAUUUGGAGAUACUGCAGACUUGUUCAGUGCCGACGACCCUGCCAACGCCUCUCCUCUGAAGAACGCAACUCCUCCUCCCCCCCGUCCACCUCCUCCCUCCAGCAGCACUCCUAACACCGCUUCGCCGACCCCCAGCAAGAGUGCAUUUGAUGAUCUGAACGACAGUAUACGCAUGGCACUGGGGUCUCCCUCCCGUCCCCCACAGCCACCGGCCCCUGCUCCUGCCCCUGCUGUAGGGGUGGUGCAGUACCCUCUCCCCUCCUACGGUUCCCCUGCCAAGCCGCCGAUGCCCAUCUCAGCCGCAGCACCUGGAGCGGGGGCGGGGGGACAGACAAAGGUGCUGACUGGUGACCUUGACACCAGCCUCGCCUCUCUCGCCGAGAACCUUACCAUCAACAAGGGCUCCACUCCACCUGUCAAAGGUGUGCAGUGGAAUUCACCCAAAAACACAGGUAAGCCUGGACAGACAGGAUGGAGCCCACAGCCCAUGGCUGCCACCACAGGAGCUAACUACAGGCCCAUGGGCCAAGGCAUGACGAGCCCUGCGCAGUUCCCCACCAUGCAGCACUCUCCUCUGGGGAUGACGCCGGUGUCGGUGACAGGGGUGCGGAUGCCAGGGGUCAUGCCUCUACAGACUAGACCACAGGGCACCAGCCCUCCCCUCGACCCUUUUGGUCUUUGAACAGGUACAUUGUUUUAUCUGACUUCAAGUGGACCUAAGACCCAGAAGACAGACUAGCCCAGCAGUGCUUCAUAACUUUCUCUCCACAACUCUUGUGUUUGUACUAUAUUGUUACUAUAAAUUUCAGUUACUGGUUCUGUUAGAAGGAAAUGUAGCCUCUAUUUGCCAAAUCUAGUGGAUACAGUGAGUGUAUAAUAACGUCAAGAUGUGUAUUAGUAGUCAGUUUUCUGUUAAACAGAGGACUAUUGUGCAAUAGCUAAAUAAAUAAUAUAAACAUUGUUGACUUAAUUUUGUUUAGAAUUGUUUUUCGAAUUAAACUCAUUAUUAAUUGUUAGUUUAAGUAAAUACUUGUAGGUGUUAUACAGAUCCUGUAUUAUAAGAUUGAUUAAACUUAAAGAGAAAGUAUUAAAGGUAUUGUUGUUGCAAAUUACGACCCAGACAAUACUUGACCCACUAUAUAUUGUAUGUACGUGUUCUAUAACCUGCUUGCUGCUGUGCUCUGUACGUUAAGUUUGUAGAUAUAUGAAUUAGUAAGUUAUUGGGCUAAUUCUUUUUAUAUAUACUUUAUUUAUAUAUAAGUAGAUGUGUGCAUUAUAUGCAUAUUUAUUAAUAUAAUAUUUAUAUUUUGUUUUGCAAAUCGUCAAUCACCUUUAUAGCUGCUUUCAGUGUUGUCACAGGAAUUUCAGCAAAAUUUUACAACUUAGUGGGUGACUCUUGCAUGUUAUGUUGUUCUUUAUUUUAUUGUUCUAGUCUUAAUCGUUUCACUCAAUAUGUAUUUUAUUAUUUUUGUAAAUGAGUAUGUUGUUAUUUUAGUGUUUUCUUUUUGUAUACAAAAUUUGCUUUCCUCAUACUACAAGAAGUAAAAUGGUCCAUUUUCAUAGAAAUUUAUAUUAUUUUUAAUACGAUUAUUUUUAUUCUUAUAUUUUUAUUGGAUUUUAGAUUAUCAAUAUGUUUAUUUUAUUAAGUAAGAUUCAAUUUAUAGUGAAGAUUUUUUAAUGCUUUGAAUACUAUGUUUAAUAUUACGUUAAUAACUAAUUAAUUAUCAGAACUUAAUCUUAUUCAUCAGGAAAAAACAACAUAAGCCUUUGGUUGGUUGCUAUUAUUGAAAUUGAUACAAAGAUUUUAAAGGUUUCAUCUAUUUUAAAUAAUUUCUCUUGUAAUUUGUGAACAUCAAAGUAUGAUUUUUUCCUCUGGGCUUUUCUUGUAAAACUACCCCCCAAAUAUAAAAAUUUAGUUGUGUAUCAAUAAGAGAACUGUUGGUUGUAAUUAGAUUCUCUUUGGUUAUGCAAGCGUAAUGUUUAUAAUUCAAUGUAUCUUUCUAAACAUAUGCUAGUGCCUAAAAAUCCUCUUUCACUUUUCAUAACCAGACUAAAAACUAAAUUUUUCAAAGUACAAUUUUGCCACCUGUUAAUGUGUUUUUUGUUUAAGGGAUACAAAAUAAUUCAUUGUCGUCAACAAGUUAUUGCAUUGCUAAAUAUUAUCGAUACUACCAAGAGGUUGGAUAGUUUGCAUUGUCUUUAAUAAUAAAAAACAUUCAAGCAGAUAAUACUGAUUGGUCUUUUUAGGAUUUUACAAAUUAUAAAUAAUUAGCAAUUAAAUGUUAUUUUAAAAUUUUAAAUAAACUUAAAACUUUGAUAGGCAAGACGUUAUAAUGAACCUUUAAAGUUUAUAAGUAAAAACUCAUUUUUUAAUAUUUGAGGUGUUAAGAAAAACAGUUCCAUGUAUUUUGGACAGUAUAAUGUUUAUUUUAAAAGUUCUUUAAAUUAAAUAGUCUAGCCUAGUUAAUCAACAGACUUUCCUAGAAAAAUCUGGAUCCUAAAUGAAAAUUAUUAAUUAAUUUAUCAAACCAGAUUUCAUAGCGUAUCUCUUCAACUUAACCUUGUUACCAAUCGUCACUGUCAUUAGAUGGAAAACACUAUAGAUAGAUGAAUUUCCAUAUAUGUAUCUAGUGAUUGUAGACAGGUUUUGUUUAUGAGCAUCCUGUUUCAACCUUGUUUCUGUUGCAGUAACAAAAUUUUAUUCAUAAAAAUUUAACCCGAGUGUACUUGAUAGCUUGUAUUCUAUGCACAUGUAAUAUCUCUCUAAAAGGCAGCAGCGUGUCAGGACUAACUAAUGUGUAAAAGGAUUUUCUGUAUACAUGGCAUCAAGCGCUUUGCUCAAUACUUGCCGAUGGAUAUUAGAUUGAUGCUGGUGGACUGUAGUUUUGCCUCACUUCCAUUAUUAAGAUAUGGUGAUCAAUGACAUGACUGUUGACCUUUCUAUUAAAAUUCAGCGUGCACAGAAUUAUUUGGUUCAUUUUCAAUUUAAGAUGUGAUGAUCAUGUAUCUCCUUAUUUUGAGCAAUUAUUCCUAUUUAAGUCCAAAGAACUUAGAGAUCUUUACUUAGUCUGUUGCACGCAAUUAAUCCAUAAUGGUCGUCCAAGCUAUUUGGCCCAAAAUUUUGUUUAGUGCUCAUAGAACUCGUAGGGGUGCAUCUUUAUUAUCAAUUCUUAUUCGUCAGACAGCAUUAUAUAAUAAAUCUUUCAGUUUCCGCAUGUCGAUUGUGGAGUGCUCUUCCAGAUAAUAUCAGAAUUAUUGACAAGCGUGAUCACUUUGGGCCUUUCUGCUGCGGACUAGGUGAGUGGCGGUUAGUGGUUCUUGUGUGUGGUCGCAUUUGGGGUAACUGCAUGUAAGCUGAAUAAAUGGAGAAUGUGAUCUGAUAAGGAUAGGAUAAUUUUAUUAGAGUUCAAUCAAUACACUACAUUUUUAAUUGUAAAAUAUAAAUCUGUAUGUUGGAUUCUAAUCAACUAUUGAACGUAAUUUAGUUUUACAUGCCAGUUACAAUAUUGUAAUAGGAAUGAUUAUUUUUGUUUAGAGGUUAAGUUGAAGAGAGAACGUUUUAAUCUUAACUUCGCCUCUAUAAAUAAAGACAUUUUUUAUUUCAUUAUUUCACAUUGCCAACACACAAUACCCUAUCCAGAAUGAACUCCAAUUAUUUUAAAGCAUUUUUUCAAGCUGUUGAUAGUAAUUGUGCAUAUUAAAAUGGUUCUGUAUGAAAAUCAAAUAAUUUGGACAAGUAAAAUAGGAAGAUCGUAACGGAAAAGAGAACAUUAUUUAUGUUAAAUGCUUGUAUAGAAAUGUUUCUUUACAAUUUAAUGAAAUACAGUUAAGAAGGCAUUUUGUAUCUGUGUAAAAUUAAUACUUUGCAUGGUUUAAUCUUCUCACAUAUGGUUUCUUAAAUGACAAAGUUUUAUUGAUGUGUCAAGUGUCUUCUUAUCUGUUUUUAUCUACAUUUAAGUUCUUUAGUAACGUUAAUUUUUUGCAUUCAUCUAAAUUUGUUCAGUUAGAAUUAAUUUUAUUAGAAAUCUAAUAUCAACAUAAGUUAAGAUGUUUAUAAACACUGAGAAUUCAACCUAUUAAAUCUUAUUAACAUUAUUACUCUUUCUAUGUUAUUGAGUCAUCUAUUAUUACUUGUUUGGAUAUGUUCACUAACAUUUUGCUACAAACAAUCUGAUAAUGUACUUAAUUAAUGUUUUCCUUCGUUCAACUCAUUUUAGAUUUCUUUAGUAAAUCACUGAAGGUUUUAUGAUUUAGUAUAGCUGUGUAUCUUAGCUUCUACUCAACUCAUUUUUAGUUCUUUCAAGUAUUAUAUUUUAACAUUUAGGAGGUUUUUUAAUUAGUUGUGGAUAUCUGCUUCUUUGUUGCAUAUAUUGUAGAAUGAAAUUUAUAAAAAUAUCUACAUAGACGUAUACAUAUUGAAUAAAUGUAGCUUUUUGUGUCCAAAGUUCCAUCUUAUAAAUUUAGUUUGUUUCCUUUAAUUUAUUCUUUGUGUGAAAUGUAUUGAAAAGAGAUCAAAAAAUAAAUGUUAUGAGGUUUUAAAUGUUUUGUAUUUAAAAAAAAAAUCAAAAUUGAAGUCAAGUCACGAUAAUUAUAAAAUUAUGAUAGAAAACAUCCUUAACUAUUGAGAUUCAACUGAUGCUUUAGGUUUGCUUCACUUUGUACUUUGGAGUGAAAAUAUCAACCAAAACCAUAGUUAAUCAGUGUAUGCCUGACAGAAAUAUAUAUCGCUUUCAUUAUUCAAGAAAUCUUGCUAUAGUUAGAGUAUUUAUUGAGUUCUUGUAAAUGUCUCUUUUAUGAUUAGCUUUUCAAAAUUCACUAUUAUUAGCAUUGUCAGAAAAUAGUUAAAGAGAAAAUCUACCUUUGAUAGUUUUACUGUUGUUACCAAGUUGUACAAUUUGUAUGAAAUUUGUGAUUUUCUAACACGUUAUAAAACAUACAUUUUAGACAUUUACUAUAUUUUAUUACAAAUAAGGAACGGAAAAUUCUUCCCAUCAAUGUGAGAAAACUAAUACUCGUAUUUAGAUAGCUGCUUGUGCAAAUCUAAAUUCUUGGCUGAAGUGGACACAUGAGAAUGAAAACAUACAACAAAGGAGCAGUCUCUCUAGUAACAAGCAUUAGGGGCAAGUCGGACAACUUACUGCUAAAUAAAUACUCAAGUGCUAAAGACAGAAAUGUUAAUAUUUAGUUAACAGCAUAUGUAUAGUGAGUAGAACUGUACAGCAUAACAUAAUAUAUUGUAAUUAGUAAGUCGCGAUGUGAUAUACGUAGAGCAAAGGUUAUAUUGGUGUUGCAAAAGAGCAUGUAUGCAACGAUAUCAAUAAAUUAGUGCAUAUAUACAAUUUUCCCGUGUUAUACAUUCCAGUAAUGCCCUUAUUAUAUAAUGCAUCUUGUUUAUUUAUGUUAAAUCAAAAUGAGUUUUAAAUUGUAUUAUAAAGCAAAUUGUGUUAGUACAGUAAAUCUGUAUCCCUUAUAUCUAUUGCUGAUAAAUACGGAUGUUAUAAUUAUUUGUAUUUAUUUUUCAACCAAUAAAGCAAAUAAAAGUA